AACUCCAAUGGAUUUAGCCUACACCACACCAACCGACCGACUGUGUGAAUAGAGGAAAGAGUUGAGCAGACAUUCGGCUUGAUUUCGAACCAGACAGUGAGAAUAAAAGCAUUUAUUUUGGAUCGCUUCCGCUUGCGUUGCCUGUUCUCGGCUUACAGUCUAGCGCUAGUCCGGUAGGCACCAAUGGGGAAUAGUGAUUGGAGUUGACAAGCUCUCCCCGCUACUGUAUCUGUUCUUUGACUCUCCUCCCCCUCCUCUACCGCUCCACUACAACCAGGAAAUCGGCGAGGUGUGCUACUUACACUGGUGUCUCCCCGUUUUCGGGCGUUCGUGUGGUUUUUGGCGGAAAAUCGGUCCGUUUUGAUUCAACGACUUUGACUUUUAAAGCAGGACAUCAGCACAGAAGUUAGUCAAACUUGACUACGACGAUACGAUCUCUACUUUGGCCGAACAAUGAGUGAGUCAAGUAUUUGCCAGGCUCGAGCAACUGUGAUGAUCUACGAUGAUGGGAAUAAGAAGUGGCUGCCAGCAGGUGCUGGUCCCCAGGCCUUCAGCAGAGUUCAGAUCUACCACAAUCCUUCCACCAAUGCCUUUAGGAUAGUGGGACGCAAGAUGCAGACAGACCAGCAGGUUGUUAUCAACUGUCCAAUUGUUAAAGGUCUCAAGUAUAACCAGGCCACACCAAACUUCCAUCAGUGGAGAGAUGCUCGGCAGGUAUGGGGGCUCAACUUCGGGAGCAAGGAGGAUGCUGCCUUAUUUGCCAAUGGCAUGUCCCAUGCCCUCGAGGUGCUCAAUUCUAUGUCAGAUGCAGGUUAUGCAACUCUCCCCCGCCCAGUGUCAAAUGGACCUACAGCUGAAGAACUUGAACAGCAGCGAAGGUUGGAGCAGCAGAGAUUGGAACAGCAGGAGCGACAGGAAAGAGAGAGACAGGAGCGUGAGCGACAGGAAAGAGAGAGACUGGACAAAGAAAGACAAGCAGCUGCAGCUUCAAUCCCCCCAGCUCCACCUUUGCCCCCUGGAGGUGCUGCUCCACCACCAGCACCUCCCCCACCCCCUUGCCCUCCUCCUGCUGCUGGUGUCCCUCCCCCACCAGGACCACCUCCCUCAGCUCCCCCAGCACCGCCCCUGCCCGCUGCUGGAGGCGGGGGUGGAGGAGGGGGAGGUCUUGGUGGUGGAGGGCUGGCAGCUGCCUUAGCAGGGGCUAAGCUCCGCAAGGUAUCAAAGCAGGAAGAAGGAGGCUCUGCAGCUCCAGGAGGGAGAGCUGACUCCAGUCGCAGCAGCAACUCGUCCAUUGGAGGAGGAGGAGGAGGAGGAGGGGGACUGAUGGGUGAAAUGAGUGCCAUCUUAGCAAGAAGGAGAAAAGCUGCAGACACAGGAGAGAAGCCACCUGUGAAGACGCAAGAUAAUGAUGAGUCUGAGCCUCAAGGUCAAAACGACACUCUGAAAAGACCUUGGGAGAAAUCGUCCAUGACCAGGAAUAACUCUGUUUCCAAGGGCAUGGACACAGCCCCAUCACUAUCCCAAGGUCACAGGGCAAAGCCUGCAGGGCACAGUAAUGAUGCAGGAGGAGUGGAUGACUCAGAUUUAGAGAAAAUGAAACAGGAGAUCCUGGAAGAGGUGCGGAAAGAACUACAGAAAGUCAAAGAGGAAAUCAUUGGAGCCUUUAUUCAGGAGCUGCAAAAGAGAAGCACAUAGUUUUGCUAACUGUAAAGCAUAUCAGAGGGAUGUGAUUGAUGUGGUCAAGGUUUGAUGGGACCUAUCCUCCACAGAGCCCUCCCAUGUAGCCCAGGGAUUAUUUUAUUCUGCUGCACAUUUUUUUUCUUUUCUCUUUCUGUCUUCACUUAAACCCAUGUGAGCAUACCUGCUUAUGUGUACAUCAUGAAUUUUCAUGUGCUGUAAAUAUUUACCCAGGGAACCUACUCAUUUUACCAUGUCACCAUAAAGUCAUAUCUCACUGACUGACCUGUUGUCAUCACACUUA